AUGACAGCACAAGAACUAUCUGCAUCAAAUGUGCUGUCUCGAUUGAGUCACGAGGACGCCGCGGUAGCGCAAACAGCUACAGAAGCGGCAGACAGCAGCCUCCCGGACGACGUGCCCGAGGAGCCUGGUGCUGAGCCCGUUACCACCUACAUCAACCGCCACUUUCCUUCUCUAGAUACGCUUGAUCAACUGGAAACGCAUCUAGAUGAGCUGCGGACAAAGCUGCGUGCUUUGGAUGCCGAGCUGGUGCACGCCGUGCGACACCAACUGCACGUGCGACGACAGGGCGCUGCGGUAAUCAAACACGCCCAGGAGCGCAGCAAACUCCUAGACGCAGCGCUGGCCGAGGUCGAACGCUCUAUGCGCACAGCAGCCGAGACUCUAACUGAGUCUGCGGAACAGUUUCGACCAAUCGCGAACGUGCGACACAAUCUGUUGCAGGCGCGGGCCCACUUGAAGGCCUUUGUGCGCCUCGCCAAAGCGCUGCGGGACAUGGAAAGCACCAUGGCUGCACAGGACAUGACCGAAACCGCAGAACAUGUGCGACAAGCGCGGGAGGCGUUGGCCGAGCUCCACACACUUCCAGCGAUACCGCUCCUUGACGAACUACAGCAACGCUAUCGUUCGCUGGAGCAACACCUCAGUCGCAUGGUGGUAGCGCUUUUCGGGGAGACCUCGGACACCAGCCAGCGAGCUGAAUACCGAGCUGGCUGCAUCUUGGCAGACGCACUAGAGAACGGCACGCGCGAGGCGGUGCUAAACGCUUUCGUCGUACGCCGUGUGCGCUUGUACGAAGAGGUUUUCGGAGCGCGUGACUCGGACCUUACGCCCAUAGAGACGUUUGAGCGAAGCUUUGCGUGGAUCAGACGAGAACUGCGUUCGUUAGACGAGCACUGGUCAGCGGUGUUUCCCGAAUCCUGGCGAGUGCCGAUGGCGCUGUCGGGGGCUCUGAGCGAUGCGCUUCGACGCAUUGCUCACCGUGACCUCGAAGAGGGCAAAGUGGAUGUCGCCCAACUGCUUCGUGCCCUGCAGAUCACGCUUGAGUUCGAGGCCGAGAUGGUGCGUCGGCUGAACACGCCGCUCACCUGGAACUUGAGCAGUGUGUUCGAGCCCUACAUGGGCGCCUACGUGACUCUGGAGAAUCAACGCUUGCGCGAGGCUAUCGACGGAGCGCUCGAAAAAGAGACCUGGCUGGUACCGGCGCUGGGCCAGCGAGCAGCAGCAGCAGCAGCAGCAGCAGCACCGGAGUACCCCGACGAAAGCAUUGUGCUUCCGAGCGCCAAAACGCUGUUCAUCGAAAUCAAACGCUGCAUGAAACGUUGUGGCGUCUUGACGACAAGCCAGACCUAUUUCAAUCUCCACAAAGCAUUCAAAAAGCACCUGCGCGAUUACGCCUCUGCGAUGGAACGCGAGCUGCUUCGCAUUCGCUCAACUGCCACCACCACCACCACUACUACUACUACUAGUAAUAGUAGUACUAGUACCAACAGUAACAGUAAGAGCACGACAUCGACAGCAGCUGUUUCAGCAGAUGCCGGGAUCACGGAAUCACAGGAGCAAGUCUUAACGAGUGUCUGCUCGCUAUCGCUCACCGCGGAGUACUGUGCGCGUACGACGGAGCAGCUGGCGGAGACGAUUCGACAAGCGGUCGAUGCCGCCUUCACCGACAGCAUCCGAAUGAACGAAGAGCGGGAUGAGUUCCGAGCUAUUGCCGGUCGAGCAGGUAAAGUGCUGGUGGCGCUUACCUGUGCUUGGGCGUUGGAGCCGGCGCUGCACACACUACAGGCGCAGCGCUGGUCCCAAGUCACUGCCGUCGGUGACGUGAGUCCGGCGGUGACGGCGCUGGUGACCAAGCUGGAACGCGUCAGCCGACACGUGGGACGACAACUCCUGCCGCUCUUUUUUCGUUUCUAUCUGGACAAACUCAGUGGUAGUGUUCUGGAACGCUUCACGGAGACGCUGUUUCGAUGCAAACCGCUGAGCGAUGCGGCAGCUCAACAGUUGCUUCUGGAUACGCAGUUCCUCAAGGAGGGCCUCCUGAAGCUCAUAGACUGCCGUUCACCGAGCGUAGAACGCGACGAUCCCUGGUUCAGCAGCUACCAGCGCUACGUUCGCUCUGAAUGUGGUCGAGCGGAAACCAUGCUCAAAGUGCGCCUGGCGAGCGACGACAGCGCUGUGGAUGCCUUCGAAGCGCUGAUGCCGGAAGCGGAACCCAGUGCCCUGCGGCAGAUUUUGGAAUGGAAGGGUCUUCCGCCGCUGGAAGCUGCUCGACAAGUAGUGCAGUACGCAGAGCGAACAGGUGAUCCGGUGCUCGUACACAAGGCGCGUUCCGAAAUGGAGCACCUGGAUACCAGCGGGCAUCGUGCGGCGAACCUGCAGCGGCAAUCGAAAGCAUUGUUUGAGCGUUCGACGACGACAAGUGCACUUGUCGUGGAUAAUGCGAUGGCUGGACGGAGCGUGCCGCCCGGCAGCUUCAGCGAUACGAGCACUUCGCUCCGAGGUGAUGCGAGCAAACCAUCGACAGAAGUUCGGGCGUUCCUGAACCGGUUAGGUGAACGCCUUCGGGAGGUUCGUCUCGGUGACAAACUGGAGUCGACACUGGAUGCUGUCGGGCGAUCCCGUGACCGGCGACGACGCAGCAACUCGUAG